CGACGCUCACUCUCUCUUUAUCUCUCUCUCUCUCUCUUUUGACCCUUCCCACUCACCCCUUUUUUCUCAUCCCCUCAAAUUCACAACCCCACGCAUCGGCCGCCUUUCCACGUUUCUGCGUGGCCUCGCGAUGUCACGCGCUAACCGCCGACUUUAAGGACGGCCGUCUUUGGAGCUUAGAAAAACAUGUGGUUUAUUUAACAUAGGACAAGAUAGCCUCUGGGGUGCAGGUCGAAGGUGAAUUCAGAUUUCAAAUAAUCAACAAAUCGUGCGUGAUCCUUUACUUUGGGACGAGAAAUCAAUCCGCGAUUAUUACAAUUCAAACUUCAUUCAAGGUCAAGUGAGGAUCCAACAUCGUUGCUGAUACUGAUCUGGAAGUGAAUGAAGAAUGAUCUUAAAAGGAGGAUUUUUAUGAUAAUUGAGGCAAUUGCUUUGAAAGUUAGGUCUUCAUAUGAUAGAAAUUCGGUUCGCCCGAGAUUUGAGGAGCUUUUUGAGGAAUUUGCAGAGUUAGAAGUACAUAAUAAUCCUGGGGCAGGAUUAAGAUUCUAUUUGGUAGAUGCACAUUUCACAGACGAUUUAUCACUUUUAAAUCGAAUUACUUCCACGCAGAUUUCCCUGGAGGUGGAACUAUACUCUGUAAGGGAUAAAGCCUGAUAGGACUUGAAUUGCACCGUUAAUUGCAUCGAUAAAAGUGACAAAAGAGAAGAAAGCGUUCCUUCGGAAAUUAUAACACAACCAAUUAAAAAGGAUCUAAUAAUUCUGAAAGCGACUUUUACUAUUAUUACAAGCUUACAAAACAAAUAAAAUCUUUACUUAAAAAAAAAAGGAUAAUUAAUUUUGUGUUUUGCCGUGAAACUUUUGGAAAAUAAGAAAGGGGUGAAGUGCAAUAGUGUUAUGUGCUCUAAGAAUUUCAAGACCAGAAGGCAAAAAAAGGUUGUAACUUUUGCUUGGAUUAUUAGGAAAAGACAAAUGGAUCUUUAAAGGUAUAAUAAUGCUAGUGGAAGAGAUUCGAGAUUCAUAAGGAGUGGGAUUAUUAAAACAGAAGGAAAGUAGUGAGAAAAUAUAAGAACAAGAAUAAAAAAAGCAAGACAGAAAAGAGGGAGGAAGAGUUAAUACUUAAUUAGAAAAAAUCUGCAAGGGAAAAUAGAAGGUGUUACAAAAAACGGGUUAUGUACUGUAUAAGUGUGUCGUGCAGCUGUGGCGGAGUGGAUAAUGGUGGUGGAGAGAGAUGAGAUCGGCCUGGGAAAGUGGAAGCGAAGAAAGAGGAAAAUCAGGAUCGAGAAAGGUUGAACUUCGAAAGAAGAGAUACAGCCAUGUCAUGGGAGUCCAUCGCGUCCAGGGAUUACCUUGGGGGCUCAUCCAGUCAUCAACUAUCAAUAACAGCAUUGCUGGGAAGCCCAGAUGGCUCUCGACAUCCCCUCGAUGUUUACGAAUUUGCAGAAGAAGAUUAUCAACAACUCGAAAAUGGAAAUGGCCCACAGCACAAUUCCAGAGCCAGCAUCGGUAUAUGGGAGUGCCUAGUGAGCUGCAGGCAUCGAUUGGAUCAACAACUGGCAAGAAGAAGGGUGGAGCAGGGAUUAAAAUUAUAUCGAGCUCACAAACAACAAGCUGCUGUGCGCAAAUGGAGAGGUGCCCUAAAAAGUAUCAGACAGCGAGAAGACAAAUUUGCUCUGCUGGGCUACCUGUACCAAGCUUACAUGGAUUGGGGAAAAUACAGAGACAGCAUAGACUUUGGCCAGAGACAGCUUUGUAUCUCAGAAGAAUUAGACUCUCCUAAUAUGAGAGCCGAGGCAUACUUAAAUCUUGCAAGGUCCCAUGAAAGACUCGGUGCUUUGGAUAGAGCUCUAGCUUUUGCCAGACAUAGUUUAUACAAUGAAUGUGAUCAGUGUGCAACUGCUGGAUUGGUUCACCUCACAGUGGGAAGAGUUCAUUUGGAACUAGCAGGAUUUUGCAAAGCUCUGGAAGCCUUCCAAAGGGCUCAUAAAAUCGCACAUUCUAUUCAGGAUCCAUCUUUAGAAUUGCAGGUGUACGUUGGCUUAUCAGAAUUAUUCUGCAGAUUGCAGGAUGGAGACAAAAGUGCAAGAUAUGCAGCUAGAGCUUAUGAUUUAUCGAGGAGCUUGCAACUAGGGGAUUUAAAUUCCAGACAUCAUCGAGCUGCAUUGCUACAAAUGGCUGCUGCACUGAGGAAAAAGGGAGAACUGGGAGAUGCUCAUGAUUAUUGUUCGGAAGCCACGCGGUUAUCACUAGUUUCUGGCGAUCAAGCAAGCUAUGCAAGAAGUAUACGUAUCAUGGGAGAUAUAUACAGGAAAAAGUCCGAUAUAAAUAAGGCGUUUCGCCAAUACGAAAGUGCCAUGGGAUCAGCUGCAGCCACUGGUGAUCGUUUGUGUCAAAUGGAAGCUAUGGAUGGUGCAGCAAGGUGUCUCGAAGUGCUGAGGUUGCAACACAAAAUUUGUAAUUGCAGACCUCUAGAAUUUAAUACUCGAUUAUUGGAAGUUGCCGGGUCGGUUGGUGCAAAGCUCUUAGUAAGAACAGUGAGGUGCAGGUUAUCGCGAAUUUACGGUUCCUUAGGAGAUGAAGAACAAAAAAAUCAUCAUGAAAGAUUGGCGGCAACGAUGGAAGAAGAUUUAGAAUUACGUUGUGGUAGCUGCAAUGAACCUUUCGGCUUAGAAGCUGAUUCUUUAGAGGCUCUGCCUUGUUCACAUAUAUUACACGCCAGGUGCGCACAUGACAUUUUGAAACGAAGGGACAAGAAGAAAAAACGUUUAUGUCCCGAUUGUCACAAAUCCGUAAGUUCUCGUCUGUAUCUUCAUUGCGAUGAUCCGCAUUUCAUGAAUCCUUUGAAUCACAGUUCCUUAAGUUUGGCAUCGCUACGGGCUAGUAGCCUUGCAACUCUGGAAGAUUGUCACGCAACAAGCAGUGUUUAAACAAAAUAUUUAAAUAAAAAUUCGUGCCAAUGAUUUUACGGGUACUUAGGGCUUUGUACAAAUUAAACGACGCGCGUUGCAACGAUUUUACAAGGUGGGGUGAAAUUAAUGAAAAAUGCAUUUUAUGAUUCCAUAUAAAAGAUCAGAAAUGUAAUACUUUGAAUCAUAUAUUACACCGCAUAUUUUAAGUGGCAAUCUCAGAAAUUCGAUAGAUUUUUUUUUCUUUCGCAUAUAUGUAGAAUGAGAUUCUCUGCUUUAUUUUAUUACUUACGUUACCAGAGAGAUAAAUAAUUGUGUACUUAUUUAUUUUUAUAUGAUUUUCAAUGAGAAUCAAGAACCUAGUAUACGCGACUUGUCGUCCACAAUGAAAAUGAGAAAGAAAGUAAGACUGGAAGCGGUAAUAUACGAUUUUUUUAUAAUAUCUGAGAGUUCCUAUUUUUAAUUUAACUAAUUUUUGCAUGGUUUUCACGAAUUAAGGCGGCAGAUGAACUAUAUUAAGAUAGUAAUAUAUAAAUACAGAAGCGGCGGAGCCUUUUUCUUCUAGAGGGGGACAGGAACCUAAACUUAUAAUAUUGAAUGCUACAAUUUGUACACAGUAUAAUAAUAUCAUACCAUAUAAAAAUUGAACAUAAAUAAUAAAUUCAAAAUAAAUAGUAAAUGAUAAAUAAUAAAUACUGAUAUGAAAUUCAGGUUGCUAAAGAUUUCCCAAAGAUUUCGAAGGAUUUAAAAUAUUUCAAUAAUUUUACAAACAUUGCCGAAUAUUUCAAAUAUUUCGCAAAGAUUUUUAAAGGGUUCACAAUGAUUUUACAACGAUUUCAUAAAUAUUUCAGUGACUUUACAAAGAUUUCACCGGUUUUGCAAAGAUUUCAGAUAAAAUUUCACAAAGAUUUCG